CAGGGACUCUCGCUAAGGAUCGUGAUCAGGGACCGGCUUCCAGAGGCGGAUCCGCCUCGUACCGCUUUGUUUACCGUCAGCAGAGGCGGACACAGCGGGCUGAAUGUGAGGAUCCGGACCAGACCAGACCAGACCGGAGCGGAGCGGAGCCCGCAAUAUCUUCCUGUGUUUGGGCGUCAGCAGACGGCGUUAAUCAGAAAGUGAACCGCAGUAAAAUGGCACCCGCCGCCCGCCGCCGGCGACCAUAGACCCGCAGAUAGCUCAGCAGCUCCAUGUGUCCUCGCUGCUAAGCUCCUCCCCCAGCCUGAGUGAUGUCGGCGGCUCAGACCCAGAAUGAGGCCAGCGAGGCGGGUUGGGGUCUGGAGACUCUGGGUCUCAGUCAGAAGGAGCUGGUUCUGGCCGAGGCUCUUCAGAUGGAGUACGACGCUCUGUCACGGCUCAAACAGGACAAAAGUGGAACAGGAACCAAAACUGCUCCCAGUCAAACCGGCUCCACCCCCGCAGGAGAGGGCCAGCUGAGACCACUGUCUAGAUCUGAGUCCUCCCUGAACCAGCCUGGAGUCUCCCAGUCUCCCCCUCCCAUCCCAGCCAGGACCCUCCCCCCUCAUGGAGGCUUUGUCAAAGAAUCUAUGCUCAUCCUGGAGAUUCCAGAACCCGCCAUGGUCCAGGACCUUUCAGGCUCUGGCCUCGGUGACUCACAUGGAUCUGGAUCAGGGUUUCUCUCUAAAGGACUCUCCUCGUUUCCAGAUGACGUGCCGCCCGCCAUCCCACCCCGGAACCCGAUCCUUCCCUCCUCAGGCUCAGAGAACCCCGCCCUGCCUCCUCGAGGCUCCGCCCCACCCCGUGACGUGAACCUGUUCACGCCGGACUUGGACCUGCCCAAAGUGAUGUCAACAGAGCUGAACAAUGACAACUUCAACGACUCGCUGUCCACACUCAGCGGGAGCCGGCCUCGAGGUCGCAGGGUCAACGGGGACCAAUCAGGGAAGCCUGUGGCUCGGAGUAAGACCCUCCCCCCACAGGUCCCACCCAGAACCCACAUAUCCAUUCCCAAGAGCAAGAGGAACCAGCGACGAGUUUCUGCCGACCCAGUGUCUCUGGGGUCCAGGAUGAAUGGCUUUGGUUAUGAACUGUUCCAGGUUUCAGAGGAAAGAGACGAGGAGGUGGCGGCUUUCUGUCACAUGCUGGAUGUGUUACGCUCGGCGUAUCCGUCCAGUGACCGGUCAAAGAAUGCCGGCUUGGUGUGGUCUCCGUCCGUGGGUCAGGAGGAGCUGCAUCAGGGUCUGGGGGUCAGUGUGAAGGUCACCAUCAUCAGUGAGAUCUCCAGAGAACCGCUCACCUUCACCUGUGACGGUUCGUCCACCGUGGACCUGCUCAUCUAUCAGACCCUGUGCUACUCUCAGGAGGAUCUGGAUCACCUAGACGUGGACCAGUAUCUGCUGAAGGUCAUCGGUCAUGAUGAGUUCUUCAACAACUCUCAGACUCUGGCUUCUGUAGAGUUUGUCCAUCAGUGUCUUAAGUUUGACUGGGACGUUCGUCUUGUCCUCGUCAAGAGAUCAGAGAUCAACACAGAGCUGUCCCGCACGGAAGAAGACGAUGACUCCUCCUCCUCCAUGAAUCACUGCAUCCUGCUGCAGGAGCGUCCAAUCAAACAGACCGUCACCAGAGAGGCUCUGACUCUGUUGUUGGACACCUUUCAUAAUGAAGCUGAGUGUUUCCUGCUGUCAGAGGUGGAGCUAUCUCUGCACGUCGAGCGUCUCGUCCAGUCGGUUAAAGCGCUCUGCAGCUCGUUAGCUGCUGUGGAAACGCCUGAUGUGACCUCUGCCCUCAGCCAGCUCCCAGCAUGCCCCUGUCGCCUGCAGCCCAAAGUCCUAAAGGAUGCAUCAGUGCUGGCUGUCAGAGAGAACAGAGAGAAAGUGGUGGAGAAGCUGACGGCGGCCAUCUUGGAUCUGGUGGAGUUGUACUGCAGCACAUUUAAUGCCAACUUCCACACCACUCCGCAGAGUCACUGCCACACCGCGCCGGUGCAGGAGGCGGGGCUUGUCACCAGCGUGCUGUCCUUCAAUGUGUAUGCCGCUCACAGGAUCCCCAUCACCUGGGCCACCAGUUAUGAGGGUUUCUUCCUGUCCUGCUCUCUGACUCAUGGAGGGGUGGAGCUCUGCGCACCACAGCACACCAGCAAACAAUCGGUCAGCAAAUACCUGUUCCACCUGGUGGUGUGGGACCAGAGGGUGUGUUUCCCGGUGCAGAUCAACCAGCUUCCCCGAGAGUCUCAGCUGACUGUGACACUGUUUGCCAGCGCUCUGCCUCCCCCUGGAGGAGCGGAGGAGAAGGGGAAGCAGCGCCGCAGCAUGGAGGCUCUGGGCUGGGUCACCAUGCCACUCUUCAACUUCAGACAUGUCCUGACAUGUGGCAGGAAGUUACUGGGCCUGUGGCCUUCAACCCCGGGCAGGAGUGGAAACGCCCGCACAAGUUCACCAAACUUCAGUCAACCAGACAGUGUGAUAGUGCAGGUGGACUUCCCCACCUCGUCCUUUGAGAUCUUCUUCAGUACUCCUCCUCCUGCAGACUUCUGUCCUCAGUACGUCUUCUCCAGACUGGACUCCAUCAGUCAGAUCCAGCUGCAGGACGUCCUGCAUAAGAAGUCCUUCUUCUGGUUGACGGUGGACGAUAAGCGUCUCCUGUGGGAGAAGAAGGCCUUCUGUCAGGAGGAGAGUGCAGCUCUGCCUCUGGUUCUGGCCAGCGCCCCCUGCUGGCAGUGGGCGUGUCUGCCUGAGAUCUAUGCACUGCUCAGACAGUGGGCGUGUCUGGGUCAUCUGGACGCCCUGGGACUCCUCCAUGCCUCGUUUCCUGACCAGGAGCUGAGGAGGACCGCGGUCCAGUGGAUGGACUCCAUCUCUGACCCAGAGCUGCUGGACUUCCUGCCUCAGCUGGUCCAGGCUCUGAAGUACGAGUGUUACCUGGACAGUUCUCUGGUCCGGUUCCUCCUCAGACGAGCCAUCGGGGACAUCCGUGUGUCUCACUCUCUGUUCUGGCUGCUGAAGGACAACCUGCAGGACAGUCAGUUCAGUGCUCGCUAUCAGCACCUGCUGGCCGCUCUGCUGUGCUGCGCAGGCCGAGGUCUGCGGGACCAGUUUGACCGUCAGUGCUGGCUCGUCUCCAUCCUCACCAAGCUCGCUCACAGAGUGCGAGACGCGCCUCUGUCCAGCAGACAGUCUGUCCUCAGAGACGGUCUGGAUGAGAUGAAGCAGUUCUUCUCGGUGAACAGUAGUUGCAGACUUCCUCUGAACCCGGCGCUGCUCGUCAAGGGAAUCAACAUCCAGUCGUGCUCCUUCUUCAACUCCAACGCUGUCCCUCUCAAACUGUCCUUCCAAAACCUGGAUCCUCUGGGAGACAACGUCAACGUCAUCUUCAAGUCAGGAGAUGAUCUGCGGCAGGACAUGCUGACUCUGCAGAUGAUCCGCAUCAUGAACAAGAUCUGGAUCCAUGAGGGUCUGGACAUGAGGAUGGUCCUCUUCAAAUGUUUUUCCACUGGCAGAGGACGAGGGAUGGUGGAGAUGAUUCCUCAUGCUGACACUCUGAGGAGGAUCCAGGUUGAACAUGGAGUCACAGGAUCUUUCAAAGAUCGACCUCUGGCUGACUGGCUCCUCAAACACAACCCUACUGAUGACCAGUACGACAAGGCGGUGGAGAACUUCAUCUUCUCGUGUGCAGGCUGCUGCGUGGCCACCUACAUCCUGGGAAUCUGUGACCGUCACAAUGACAACAUCAUGUUGAAGACCAGUGGUCACAUGUUCCAUAUCGACUUUGGCAAGUUCUUAGGACACGCCCAGAUGUUUGGAAACAUCAAGAGAGACCGUGCCCCCUUCGUCUUCACCUCAGACAUGGCUUAUGUCAUCAAUGGAGGAGACAAACCUUCAAGUCGCUUCCACGACUUUGUAGAUCUUUGCUGUGAAGCUUAUAAUGUGAUCAGGAAACACACACACCUGUUCCUCAACCUGCUGGGACUGAUGCUGUCCUGUGGAAUCCCUGAACUGUCAGAUCUGGAGGAUCUAAAGUAUGUUUACUGCGCUCUGAGACCUCAUGAGUCUGAGGCAGACGCCACCAUGUACUUCACCAGGUUGAUAGAGUCCAGUCUGGGCAGCGUGGCGACAAAACUGAACUUCUUCAUCCAUAACUUGGCUCAGAUGAAGUUCACGUGUUCAGAGGAGAGAGAGUCGCUGUCGUUCGCCCCCAGAGUUCACACCAUGAAGACUGACGGGGUCAUCAGGAACCUGUUCAUCUGCAGACACGUCCGGACCAGUACCAAGACCUAUGCGUUCGUGGUGAAGGUGGAGCGUGAAUCACAACAGGAAGUUCAGCUCGUCCAGAGAACAUUUGAAGAGUUUCAGGAACUUCACAGUAAACUGAGACUGAUGUUUCCAUCAUCUACACUGCCCAGUUUCCCCAGCCGCUUUGUGAUUGGUCGAUCUCGAGGUGAAGCGAUGGCCGACAGGAGGAAAGACGAGCUGAAUGGUUACGUGUGGCACCUGAUCCACACUGACCCCGAGGUCACACAGUGUGACCUGGUCUACACCUUCUUUCAUCCUCUGCCCAGAGAUGAGAGACCAGGACCAACGAGCAGCAAACCAGCAGAGCUGUCCUGGGCUCCAGCUGCAGGGGCGGAGCUUGGUGAAGUCAAACUGUCCAUCUGCUACAAGAACGACAAACUCUUCAUCAUGGUCAUGCACAUACGAGGACUGCAGCCUCUUCAGGACGGCACUGAUCCAGAUCCAUAUGUGAAGCUCUAUCUGCUUCCUGACCCUCAGAAGACGAGUAAGAGGAAGACGAAGGCAGCACGACGCACCUGUAACCCCACCUACAAUGAGAUGCUGGUGUACGAGCGAAUCCCUGGUGGCGACCUGCAGCAGAGGCUGAUCCACCUGCGCGUGGUUGCAGACGGAGCGUUCUGGGAGAAUACGCUGCUCGCAGAGACCUUCAUCCCGCUCAACAACCUGCUUCCUGGUCAGCACUGGGUCGACUGGCACCCGCUGGGCGCCGCCCCCUCAGACUCCGCCCACUGAUGGAUUUAAAGAUAGAGAGGAUGGAAGAAAGUCUUUCAGAGUAAAAGCCUUAUGACUGAUGGCUAAAGGUGUAAGGUCACCUGAGUGACAUCAUCAUCGUCAUCAUCGCAGAAAAAAACGCUCACUCAGCACUAAUGCAUGCUGGGAAAAGGAAGAAGAAGCUGAUUUAUGACUUUUUUAAUCCUUCAAAUAAAAACUUUCCAGGAUUUUCCAGGACAGAACACUGCAUUAACUCAUUCCAGUGACUUGAAUCAAGGACAGCAGAGACAAGCCAGGGGGCGUGGCCAUGGAUAAGGAGAUGGGCGUGGUCAGGGUGGUGCAUUUGUUUAAUUAAUUGGGAGUGGUUUUGAUUGUGAUUCAUGUCUCAUCUUGACCUUUGACCUCUGUCUGUAUGCUGCAGCCACAAAGGGAGUGACAUUAUGUGACGUGACAUCAUGUGACGUGACAUCAUGUGACAGUCAUCAUGUGACAGUCAGCUGAUUAAAGUCGUCUUUACACUGGACAUUAAAAUGAGUUUCUUGUGAUCAGAUUAUUGAUCAUAGUAAACUUAUUCUGAUGAAGGUGUACAGGAGGACACACAUACACACAAACACACAGGUACACAUUCACACACACUCACACACAGAGCAACACUGUUAUUAACAUCUAACUUUGAUUCUUCAUGUUUUUUAUUGUUUGCACUAAAAAUAAACUUGAAUUGAUAA